CUCCAUGGUCUCAACAGAACCAUCUCCAGGCACAGGAUAAUAUUAUGCAUCGUGUUUCCUUGAUUCAGGGUCCUUUUGUGCUGCAGCCCAUGUGUGCUGUGAUGGCAAGCCUGUUGUUGGGUGGGGGAUCACAUUUUGUGGAUUUCUCUGGAAGUUCUUCCUGAGCCUGUGAAGCAGCAUCUCUAUAGGUCCCCUGGAGUCCCUUCACUGUGACCAUGCUGCAGAGUUUACCUUUAAGGAGCGAGGCUUUCAGACCUGCAGUGCUUUUCAGACUGAGACCCUGAGAGGCUGGAGCUGGAAACUGAGGGAUUUCAUUGGAGAGCGAGGGCUGGUGCCUCUGUACUCUCAGCUGGGCCCUUUCUUGUGGGCACUUACCCUGAAAAAAUGUUCCUGCCAAGGGCCUUGGAACAAACAGAAAAAAAUACUCGAGUUUCAAAAGGAGUAAAUUCCCUGUUUAGGUUACAAGGUAUCCAAGGCAGCAGAAAACAGUAAAUACAGUGAGUUAGCUUACCAGUUUGGGCUCAUUAACUGUUUCUCUACAGCUGCGGUGAAGUUUGGUUUUUCUGAAGCUUAAAUGUUUCUUGUUUUCCCCUUGUCAGAGAUGAAGCAGCAUUAGUUAAUUACCUGUUUAAAUGUGCCUCUGUUCCUGGGAACAUCCUGUAAACUUGUUCUGGGAUAGUGAAUUGCCCUGGGUUCUUGGAGAUUACAAUGAACCAUAUUAAAGGUGGCAAUGCAAUUGAUUGGGUGUAGCCAUGUUCUGCUGUUUUUGUUUCUUGUGCCAGAAGAUGUCCUCUGGGAGUUGUUUAGCCCGGAGAAAAGGAGGCUGAGGGGAGACUUUAUUGCUUUCUCCAACUUCUUGAAAUUAGGCUGUAGCCAGGGGGGGCAUUGGUCUCUUCUCCCAAAUAAGUGAUGGGACAAGAGGAAGUGGCCGCAAGUUUGCCAGUGGAGGUUUAGAUUGGAUACUAGGAAAAAUUUCUUCACGGAAAGAGUUGUUCUGUAUUGGAACAGGCUGCCCAGGGAAGUGGAGGUGCCACAGUCCCUGCAGGUAUUUAAAAGAUGUUUGGAUGUGGCAGCUAGGGACAUGGUUUAGUGGCAGACUUGGCAGUGCUGGGUUAAGGCUUGGACUCAGUCUUGGGGUUCUUUUCCAACCUCAGUGAUUCUAUAUGUAUCCUAACAGAUUUUUUUUCCUUUGUUGCAGCUGCUGUUCAACCUAAGCUCUUUACCCACAUUUGACCCCCACUCAUAGUGUUUUCACUGUGAAGUUCUUAAAAAAAGCCUCAUGCACCAAGAUGCUGGCUGGCUGUGAUCUGCUUUCCUUGGUGCUGGUGGGAGCGAGUGCAGUUCUGUGCUCAGCUGGCCUCUGUGUGCCUGGAGGAGAACUUCAUUCCUUAGGGAUUUUGUGCUGACAAAAAGCCCAAUGUGAUCCUUUGAGUAUCCCAAGCUGUUUUCAUCUGAGAGGAGAACUUGAGCCAUUGCCUUAUGCUGGUACUGCAAUGCUGAGUUCUAGCUCAACUGCUGUGAAGAAUCUCCCUCUGAAGAGGAGGCUCUGUUUUCUGCUGAAACUUGUGUGCUUUGUCAGCUCAGUGUUAAUAUUUUGUGAAUUUUUAAUUUACUAUGUGGUGAUAUUUCAAUGCCGAUGGCCAAACUUGAAAGGUGGAGCUCACAUGGCUGAAAAAGAGACUUCAGCUUCAGUCCUAAAGGCCAUCAUUUUAGCUGAUACACACCUGCUUGGUGAAAUCAAAGGACAUUGGCUGGAUAAGCUAAGAAGGGAAUGGCAAAUGGAGAGAUCUUUUCAAACUGCCUUAUGGUUACUGCAGCCAGAUAUUGUUUUUAUUCUGGGAGAUGUUUUCGAUGAAGGAAAAUGGAGCUCACCUCAGGCCUGGGCAGAUGAUGUCAGGAGGUUCCAGAAGAUGUUCAGGCAUUCCGUUUUUACGGAGCUGGUGGCCAUCGCUGGCAAUCACGACAUCGGAUUUCAUUACGAAAUGACUCCUUACAAGGUAAAUAGAUUUGAAAAGAUUUUCAACUUCACUUCAGGAAAGCUGAUAACUCGGAAAGGAAUAAACUUUGUCCUAGUGAACAGUGUAGCCAUGGAGGGUGAUGGCUGUGCUGUCUGCCGUACCUCAGAGGCAAAACUUGUGGCACUUUCUCACAAACUGAAUUGCUCCCAGCAGAAACCAAAUCACUCCAACAAAAGAUGCAGUGAUGUGGAAAAGCUUCCAGCUUCAGAACCCAUCCUUUUACAGCAUUAUCCUCUCUAUCGGAAAAGUGAUGCUGAAUGCACUGGAGAAGAUUCUGCUCCUCCAGAGGAGAAAAACAUCCCCUUUAAAGAGAAGUAUGAUGUGCUGUCUCAAGAGGCAUCACAAAAGCUGCUAUGGUGGUUUCAGCCCCGUUUGAUUCUCAGUGGGCACACUCAUAGUGCUUGUGAAGUGCUGCAUGCAGGGAAAAUUCCAGAAAUCAGUGUCCCAUCAUUCAGUUGGAGGAAUAGAAACAAUCCUAGUUUCAUCAUGGGCAGCAUAACACCAACUGACUUCUCCCUCCAAAAAUGCUUCCUUCCAUUUGAGAGCAGAGUCUUCACUAUCUACUGUGCAGCAGGUGCUCUGCUUGUGAUCCUGGUACUAGCUCAUGUUCAGCUUCUCACUCCACCGUUUUAUUUUGCUCAGCGUUUAAUCAGUAAGCAUAAAGCAGUAUGAAGAGCCAGACAUCUGCAUUCAGUCACUGAAAUACCAAAGCUGAGAACAGUCAAACAUCAGACUAUAUUCAUGCCAGCAAAUGACCUAAUUUGACUGCUAGUCUGAAGGCAGGUUGCAUUUACACAUACCAUAGAAGUCCUAUACAGCUGAUAUGACUACUACAGGAUAAAUAAUUAACUGAAAUGAACGUUUCAUGCUGUACAAAAAUACUGUAUUCGACAAUCAAAUGAGUCCUUUUCCUGCUAUAAUUUUUGUAUCAAAUAUGUAUAUUAAAAGUGUAACUGUACAUUAUGUAAAUCCUAUAGCCUCAUCACUUGUCUGCACUUGUGUCUUACCCUGGUGGAGGCUGAAUCUUGCAAACUGGAAAUGCUUCUCUGUUUUAUUGCUGCAUGGCCCUUCAAAUGUCAUACUUGUGUUUGUUAGGGUCAGGCAGAAUCUGGAUGCAUCAGCACUGAGAGAUGCAGAUUUCCAUAACCUUUUUAGUGUUGUGUGUAAGGGACUGUGGUUUGGGACAAGAAAUCUUCUGGUUCCUGACACAGUAAAUUGUUAGCUGACUAUAAGUUGCAGUUAUCCAUCUACCAGACAACACGGGUAAGAAAAGCUCGAGGAUCCAGUUUGCUGAUACACACUUGAAAACUGCUUUAAAAAAAAUUAGGGUGACACCUCAAGCUGCUGCUUUCAAAAAGAUGUGCUAUGAUGAGCUUAAAAAAGAGGGCCCUGUUGCAUCCCAGAGAUCUGUGGUGAGGGGCCCUCCAGUUGCCAAUCUCCUGCAAGAAGGAAGGUCAAAUACAGCUGCAGUAACAUUAUCCUAUGCCUCAGCCCUCAGUCUACAGCCAGGGAUAGGAAUGCACCUUAUUUUACAUUCCACAAGCUCCCUUGACUUUAGGGUAGUGUCACAUUUUGAAUUGCGCCAGCUCCUCUGUGGGGAGGCAGAGGCCACCAGCUGUGCCACAAAGACAAAUCUGAGUUCAGUGUCUCCAGUGUGUGGGGGCAGGUGGGACAAGCCUACUGCUGCUCCCCACCCAUCCCAGGAAAAAACAGAGGGACUACUUCACACCAGGACCAGUUUUCCUGCUGAUGUUCCUGCAGAGGCUGGGAGUUGUAACCUGAACUCCUGGGCUGGGGCUAGCUUAAAAACAAAAAAAUACUAUCUUUUGUUAUUCAUUCUAUUACUUUCUUUGGCAUGACAAAUAAGAAAAUUCUGUUUACUGUUAGUUUAUUCCACCCAGCCUUUCACUUUUUGGGAAAUACGAGUAAACUGAACAUAGAGAUUUCUGGGAAGAGAAAAUGGUCAUAUUAUAGCAUCUAAAAUGGGAUUGUUUUAUAUUCAACUGGAAACAAGUUCUCAAUUGGACUGUAGUCUGAUUUUAAAAAAGAUGACUGAUUGGGGUUUAUAACUAAUAACAAUACAGUAAAAAGUUAAUAAAACCUGCUGAUUUAUAUGCCAGUGUGGGGACUGUGUUAGCUCUUCAUCUCUCCCUAAAUUUAAAAUGAAGUGGGGGGAAUGGUCCGAAGUGUGGUAAAACAUUCUAUAAAGUAAUGUAGUCUAACACUUCUCUAGGUUUCUGUUAUUGCAACUGUAAUUUUAGACAUUUGUACAGGUUAUCUUGGACACAGGAAAAGUAUAUAGUCACAGACAUAAAACACCUAUGUAUAAAAUAUAAAGCAGUGUUAUAGUUACUAAAAAGGACAUGCCUUAUUGCUACAGCAAUUCUUGCUUUUUAUAUAUUGUACUGUACCACAACUUGUUUUGAGAAUGUCAUUUGCAUAAAUUAUUCAAGUUUGAGAAAUAUUCACACAUUUUGAUUCUACAAUAUUUAAAAUAAAAUAAUUUUCUAAUGUGUCUCUUUAUUAAAAGAGAAAUAAAAAUGUCAUCUUGUAAUUCUCUUAGGCCAGACACAAGGGUUUAUACACCUUUUUUUUUUUUUUCUUAUCUUCUUUCUCGCUAUUUACUUGCACAAUGAAAGCCGCUGUUGGUACAAAGAUUGAAGAGCUCUAUAUAAUGGUGCUUUACACAUUCACAAUCGGUCUGUGCAAUUGUGAAGUUCUAUGAAUGACCAAAGAAUUACCAAACAUAUUUUCUAAAUAUAAAGGACAAAAAAAAAAAAAGAAAUAAGAAAGAAAAAGAAAAUAAAAUAAA